AUGGGCGCUGAGGUCUCCAAAGAGUUGCUCCUCGAGCUUGAACGCGAGAAGCUGCUCCGCGGAGUUCCCCUGCAGGUUGCCCUGAGUGGGUGGGCAAAGCAUUGGUCUGGAUCGCAGGGCUUGCUGGACGUGGACAAGGGGCUCUACAACCUCAGCCAGCAAACAGAGGAUGCGGUGUAG